GUUUGUGCUUUUUAUUCCUUGCGAUUUGACAACUGUCAGUUUUCCAACAUCUGACAAUCUCGUUUGAACACCAUGGCUGCUGAAUCUACAGUUCUCAGCACGUCUACUCCAGCUGGCAUCACAACCAUAACAAUUAACCGACCAGACCGGCGCAACGCCGUGGAUUCAGUGACUGGGCAAAAGCUCUACGAAGCGAUCCUCGCCUUUGAGGAAGAUAAUACACAAAGAGUUUGCAUUUUGACUGGUGGCCAUGGAUCCUUUUGUGCAGGCGCCGAUCUUCACGAGGUAGCAAAGCGAACGAAGCACGGAUCGGAAUUCGAUAAUUUUCUGCAGCCUGUUGAAGGCCGUAAUAGAGCCCACAUGGGCCCAACCCGCUUGCAGGUCAAGAAACCAAUCAUUGCCGCAGUCGCUGGAUAUGCCGUUGCUGGUGGAUUAGAGCUUAGCUUAAUAGCAGAUAUUCGUGUUGUAGAGGAAGACGCCGUGUUCGGCGUCUUCUGCAGGCGAUGGGGGGUACCUCUAAUCGACGGCGGUACGGUUAGGCUACAAGCCAUUGUCGGUCUGGGAAGAGCACUUGACAUGAUUUUAACAGGGCGACCUGUUAAAGCAGAUGAGGCACUCAGCAUGGGUCUAGCAAAUCGAGUAGUUCCAAAGGGAAAGGCUUUAGUGGAGGCAACCAACAUUGCUGAACAGCUAGUAGCAUUUCCACAAUUAUGCAUGAAUUUAGACAGAGAUUCAUGCUAUUAUGCUGCAUACAACGCUUCAUCAUUCGAAGAUGCAAUGAAGAAUGAAUUUAUAAGGGGCGUUCAGGCUAUCGAGGCUGAGAGUAUUGCGGGAGCUGGUCAAUUCAGCAAAGGCGCAGGGCGAGGAGGAAGCUUUGAAAGACUUCCUAAAAUCUAAGUUAUCAGGUCAAACUUUAAAUGGUGCAUUCUAGUCUCAUCACUGGAGCCUGCUAAACGAGAAUGAUGGGUGUGCAGCUGCAAAGGAAUCAUCUGAAAGGUCGCAUUCUGCUGUCCAACUCGAGCAAAUUUCGUCCUUCAGGUGUAAUGUUUAAUUCAAGAAACCAUCUCAUAACAGCAAUCAAGCCC